AUCAUCAUAGUCAAACGUUGGUUUGGGCUGAGACGCUGUUGUGGUAGCGAACGCUCUGCUCGCUCAUGUCUAGCUUAACUUAGUUUUUCUUACCUAAACUUAACUCGCCUCAGCAUCUCACAUUGCCCGCACCUACCCACCUGCCUGCUUACCAGACCCUCUUCACUUCACCUUCUCGCCCCUUCCUCGUUCACAAACUAUCGUAACUUCACCAUCUUCCCAUCACCAGCACUCACUACCUACUUACCGAACUCACAUCACCACUCUCAACCUACCUCCGACUCACUCGCUCACCCACCCACUCACUCACUCACCAUCGCCCGAAAACAACAGGGCGGGUUGCUAUAACCAAACCAACCAUUAUCUAUGCAGCACAGACGAGAGUAUCAUAUUGUGAUUCUUGGAGCUGGCGGUGUUGGGAAGAGCUGUUUGACAUCGCAAUUCGUACACAACGAGUGGAUCGAGUAUUACGAUCCCACAAUUGAGGAUGUUUACAGGAAGGUCAUCGAUGUUGAUGGACGGUCGUGUAUUCUUGAGAUUUUGGAUACUGCUGGGACUGAACAAUUUACCGCCAUGAGGGAAAUUUACAUGAAAGCUGGUCAGGGCUUCCUCCUAGUAUACUCAAUCACAAGCCUGAGCACCCUCACAGAGCUCUCGGAUCUCCGCGACCAGAUUCUCCGGAUAAAGGAAGCCGAUUCUGUGCCUUUGGUGAUUGUUGGUAACAAGUCCGACCUGGAAGAGGAUCGUGCGGUCCGUCGCGACAGGGCGAUUAUGCUCUCUCAGAAGUGGGGGAGGGUUCCCUUUUACGAGACCUCUGCACGAAAGCGGCAGAAUGUCGAUGAGGUGUUUCUGGACCUUUGCCGGCAGAUGAUGAGGGCGGAUGUGGGCGGGUCGGGGAGCGGGGGGGGCGCGAGUGGUGGAUCCUCUGAGAAGGUUUAUCAGACACCGAGGAAGAGGAGGUUUUGUGUUAUACUGUGAAGAAAGAGAAAGAGGUAUUGGGGGGGGGGGUGGUAUUGCAGGAGUUUUUUCUUUCUUUUUUUCUUUCUCUAACCCUUCGUUGUAGAUAUACUUUUUUUACUUUUUUCUUUCACCCCCCUCUGUUUUAACCUUUUAGCUUCCCCUUCCCUUGCUUCUUUUAGCUCGAAUUUCCCCGGCAUCGUCAAUUGCGGAUGGGAGGUUGGCUGUGGACCCAUGGAACAGCGAACGGGGGGGACAGAAAGAAGGAAGCAAAGCAGGAAAGCAUUGGCGGAUCAACGGACUGGACUGGACUGAAACUGAAUAUGGGAUUGGACUAUGGACUAUGAAGGUGGCUAUGGAUGGAAUGUGUUUUUUAGGGUGGCAUAAGGCGAAUCACUGGCGUCCCGAUUGUUUUUUUUUGUCUUUUUUUUUUUCCAGUCCCUCUUGCUAUUUACAAUUGCUUGACAUCUUUGCCUGUUUUUUCUUUUUUUUUCUUUUCUCCUCUUGCAAUGAUAUCCAUUUUCCAGAGUUC